AUGGAGCAUCUCACUUCCAUUCUGCGGGUGCAUUCCCAAGCAGCGCGGUCUGUCCGAGCAAUUCUCUUGCGUCAGCAGCCGAUUGGAGAAGUGUGUUUCCUUGUAUUGAAAAAAGGGCCGCAUGACUGGAUCAAGGCGAGCGAGACUGUGGCUAUCCGCACUUUACGACCUCCUGGCAACCAUGGACAAUGCAAAUCAAAUCGUCGAGAUGCCCGGCCGUCACGAAAACGUAGACGUCCUCCUCCGCGUUUCCGCAAACGAAGUGCCCAGCCUUUUUGGAACUCGUCCGUGUGUAUGAACCAAGUGUGGUCAAUUUUGAAACACAAGCAGAUCAGACCUUUUGGAAAUCUUGCGCCAGCCUGGACAGCUCAGACAUUCACAGUGGCUUAUAGACGGAAGCAACAGCACUUAUUCUCCAAGUCUGGCCAGCAGGGUCCGCUUUCUAUCUAUUCUGCUCGUCAGGGGGGACUUCUAGCCCUUUGGAUUUGCUCUCGACAUGCCACGCUUGACUUGCAUUUGCUCCUCAAACGGAGGCAGCCUGCUGUAGCGGUGCUCAGGCUUGCCCGCUUAGUAGAACUGGUGCGCGGAUAUGUCCGACAAAGCAAUGGCUUCCGGCGUGUUGAUUGGCUUUUGGCGAGAUUCAAUUUGCCCUCUCGGCGCCACCAUUGGUUCCGAUGCUUUGAUGCCAGUGAUCGGAAGCGACUAGCUACAAUUGUCCGACUAGCUGCGAGGUCUGCUGCCAAGUUGCAUGGGGCAUUCUUGUACCGGUGGAUUAUAGAAAGGGUACAUUUUACAGCUGGCGCGCUUCCUCGCCUCAGUGAUCAACGCAAUGCGGUGCAAUGGUCGAAGAAAAUUUCCAUUGGAGAGAUUUGGAAACAAGGGUGCUUUGAAUGGGAACAUUGGCGCCAAGGUGCUGAGGUCAAAAAGAUCCCUGGCAAUUGGGCAAUUCCUGACAGGCAAGUGGCCUUAGCCAACAAAUCCGGGCAAAACAGAGAAUUGAAAGCGUGGUUGCUCACCAACAGAUUUCCCAGACGCGUGAGCCGUGUCGGCACCAAAGCAUGGGAAAAGCCUGCGAACAGUGCUCCUGACGUAGUGCCAGAAGAAGAAGCUCGCUAUAUCGCCGCCCUAGUCUCCAAACAGGAUGAAGUAUUGUUGCAAGAUGACAAGGACAAAAAGUCCACUUGGACCAUGCCUUUUGCUUGUUUAGCGACAACAUUGGUUUGCUUAGUCCUUCUGGAUUCACAAUGGGAGCCCACUUCCAUGUCUUUGGAACAGCUUAGCAUUUUGGUGCAUGGCGUUUCUCUGUUUGCUUUGCCUGCAGCACUACGACGGGGCCCUUUGCCCCAAGGGUCAUUUGCACCAUAUAUGUACCCUUUUGUGAAAACUAAGUGUUUUGCAGCUUCGGGUGGUCAUACUUGCAAGAAAAAGAACCAUAGUUGCCUCCGCAAAGUGGUAUCCUUUUUCCGAGCUCCGUGGCGAAGGGCAUGGCGACUCGCAGGGCGUGCCAUACAAGUUCUGAUCCGCGUCACUGGUCCCGGGUUCUCAGUAUGGAAGCUAAAACAGGUGGUUCCAAUCUUUCAGCAGAAGAUGGCGGGACUACGCAGCUCGCCCUGCCCGCAGAUGUGCGUGUGCUGUAAGGGCCCCAAGCACGCAACAACAUUACUGGUGGCAGAUGCAGCGCAAAUGUAUGAGCAGGUGAAUAGCAAUUUGGUGCUGCAAGCUUUUGAUGCUAAGGUUGAACAGUUACGGCACAAAUAUGGUGUUGUAUCCAUCACAGUGUCUCGACAGCGGCCCAUUCGGGGCUGGCCUGGCGGUUCGGAGCAUACCCGGUCCCGGGGCUUGGUGGUGCUUACAGUAUACCAACUUCGACGCAUGUUGCAAGAUCGCAUGAAGCCUGCCAUGAAGAUCAUGUUUUUCCUUUGCCUGUUUGCUGGCACGUGGAUAGCAGAAGCAGGAAAAGGUCAACGUGAGGCCAAAGGCCAAGGUAGGAGAUAUGAUGGUCGUUCCCACAAAGAUUCCCACCGUUCCUCUUAUGAGUAUGAUUACUAUGACCAUGGCCAUGAUCGCCGGGGAUCGUCUCACUCACGGCGUCGACGUCGCCGACGUUCUAGUGACUCUAGGACCCCUGACCGUCAUCGACGGAGAUCUGCUGAGAAGCCGCCCAAAAACUCACCUGGAUAUGAAGAAUACAAGCGACAAAAACAAGAAGCGGCAGCUUGGCAGGAGAGACAUUUGCAAGCGCAAGCCUUAGCUUUAUGCCUGGAGGAGAGAGAACGUCAAAAGAUUAGUGCUCAGCAACAGCCAGCACCUGUAGUCUCCCCUCCGGCUCCAGCUGCGGCGCCAGAGAUCCAACCUGCCCAAAGCAGCGGACGUCGCUUAAGGCGCAUUCGCGCCGCACAUGCAUGGGCGACCUGUGGCACUGUGGCGGCGUCGCCCAAAAGCCGAGAGUAUCUCUCCAUCAGCAGCCUGCAGCAGAACCUGCGAAAGCACACCAGGUCCAGUUGCUGCCCCUCAGAGAAGUACAACUGGGGAUCUGCGACAUCACAUGAGGUGGGGUGGUUCGUGCAACCCCCAUGCAGUGUGACCUUGCGAAAGCCCAAGCAUGGACUGAAGGAGUCCGAGACGACACGCUACGUCCACAACCUGAAGGCUACAGGAUCCGAGGCGUCGUUGCGCCUGAUCCUGCCAUCUCCUUGACGUUGAGGAGAGGAUGAGCAGUGCCCAUAAGGGGUGAAAUCUGGUGGUUGCAGGAUGGUAGGAUGGG